AUGUUACCACCACCACCAGCCACCCACCACCGAUCACCCAUCACCCGCCACCCACCAACCCACCACCCACCACCCGCCAGCCACCACCCACCACCAGCCACCCAUCACCCCGCCGCCACCACCCGCCAACCCACCACCCAUCGCCGCCCUACCACCCAUCACCCGCCACCCGCCGCCCUGCCAUCACCCGCGCACCGCCCGCCAGCCAUCACCCGCCACCACACCGCCACCCGCCACCCGCCGCCCACCACCACCCGCCACCUGCCACCCAUCACCGCCACCACCACCCACCACCCGCCAUCACCCACCACCCACCACCCCCACCUGCCACCCGCCAGCCAUCACCCGCCCCACCCCACCACCCAGCCACCCACCACCUGCCAGCCACCCACCAUCACCCAUCACCCGCCACCCACCCACCACCCACCACCCACCACCCGCCAACCCACCAGCCCACCACCCACCACCCGCCACCCAUCACCCACCAAUACCCACCACCCCAUCGCCACCCGCCAGCCCCCACAUCACCCGCCACCCACUGCCACCCCCAAUAGCUCACCCGCCACCGCCACCCGCCAGCCACCACCCACCACCCGCCAACCCACCACCCUGCCCGCCACCACGCCAGCCCACCACCCGCCACCAGCCACCCCACCACCGUCACCCAUCACCGCCACCCGCAACCCAUGCCCACCACCUGGCCAUGCCACCAUCUUACGCCACCUGCCUCGCCAGCCAUCACCCGCCACCCGUAGCCCACCACCCACACCACCACCCGCCAGCCCACCACCCGCCAGCCCACCACCCACCACCAAUACCCACCACCCCAGAUCACCCAUCACCCAUGCCCACCAACCCUGCCACCACCACCACCCACACCAGCCAGCCACCACCACCACCCGCCUCAGCCACCCAUAA